AUGCUUAGACGCCUAGCAACGAGGACCUUUAAGUCAUGGCAUCAAUAUCACGCAGAAAGCCUCGGCCUCACUAUGGCCGAAUACCAAAAAAUGCGAGAGCAGAAAAAGGACGGCGGCUUUGAAAAGUGGAAAAGAGAGGUCUCAACAGGCAACAAAAUUAGCUUUUUAUUAGACCAUUGCAACGACGAAGAAAGAGCCCGCUACAUUAAAGAAUUCUCCACAGCAGAGCUUGCUACCUAUCUCAAGAAUCACGUGGGCAAUCUAACUGACGAACAAUUGGCUAAACUUGUUGAUUCUAAGGUCUCUUAUCAUAGCUUAUCAAUAUUAAAUCCAAUCUUUAGCUACGGUGCAAAUUUAAGGACAGCGAAAAAGCUUUCAACAGUCAAAGAUGAUAGACUGGCAAGCGAAGUUGUGGUCGAAGAAGUUCUUCAAGAUAAGCUUAAAGAGCUUGAAUGGAGACAAAUUGAUAAGAACAUUGUGGACGACGUUUGUGUCACUAAGUCUCAAGUAGUGGAAGAAGCGCACCAAUAA